AUGGACUGCUCCACCCAGCAAAGAAGGCACAACCCCGUGGACAGCAUCUGCCGCAAGUUGCAGACCAUCCAGCGGUACACCUCUGACUCACCCUACCACAUCCCCAAGCUGAUCUCCAGUAGCUACAACAGCCCCCAGGCAGGCCUCAAGCAAAACCUGGAGUCCUUCCUGAAGAAACGCACCAUCCGUGGAGAAGAUGGCAUAGACCAGAGCAUGUUGACCCCCGCGAGUUCUCCCAAGAGCCCCCGGACGGCCCUCGGUCCGUCCACCCCCGCCAUCCCUUCCACACCGGCUUCCACCACCCCCACCCCGACAAACGCCACCUUCACCAUCACCAGUACCCUAGGGGAGAGGCGGGGCCAGGGCCAGGGCCAGUUUAGGGGGUGGCAGAGGACAUGCUCCACCCCGGCUACCCAGAGUGGCGAGCCCUACUUCAGUUUCUCCCAAGGAGGUCAGUUCACCCAGCCUGAGGGGACGGACAGAGAGAGAGAGGGGCACAGGAACUCCCCGCUCUCUCUCACCCACUCCCAGACGCACAGCACGCUCUCCUACAACCUGAACUUCUGCUCUGGAGAGUCGGCCAACCCCCUGGAGUGUGAGCUGCCCUACCCAGCCCUGGUGGUCAAGAGGCUCUCCAUGGGAGGCGACGGAAGUCUCUUCUCUUCUGAUGCCAGGAAGGAGGCGAUGGCUGAGGUCAGCCUCAUCUGUGAAGAGGACCUGCUGGAUACCAUCUUCCACGCCUGUGAUACCCAGCGUCGAGGGAAGGUGUAUGUGUCCCGUAUCGUGGACUACCUGCGGCACACCACCAGCCGGGGGUCAGAGGACAGCGGUCUGGACGACCUGUGCAACAUGCUGGACCCCGAGCACAAAAACGUGUCCAUCGACCUGGACACCUACCACGCCGUCAUGAAGGAGUGGAUCGACGACUGCCGCAACAGCGGGGACGAGUCAGCAGAGGAACUCACUCAGCAGGACUCAGUCAGACUCAAGGAAAGUCUAGCAGCUAAGAGGUCUGUGCUGCUAAACAUGACCUCUGGAAGUCUGGAGGCGUUUGGAGGCGAGGCGUCACGGGGAGACCUGGAGACGUCAGACCUGGUGUACUGUGUGGCAGACCUCCAGUUCAGCAACCACAAGCUGCAGGAGGAUGUCCGCAAGCUAAAGCAAGCCAUGGAGGCCAUGGAGGACACCAACCUGAGACUGGCCGAGGAGAACGAGCAGCUCCGCAGCCAGGCCAAGAUGGGUCACCAGCUGGCUCAGAAGGAGAAGCUGCUGAAGGAGGAGGUGGAGGAGAUGAAGAUGACCCUGAGCUGCACGGAGGAGGGCCGCGCCCGCGCCUCGGCACACAGCAAACACAUGGAACGAGAGAACCAGUCCCUCAUCGCUAAGAUCGCCUCUCUGCAGGAGGAGAACAUCAAGGUCACCAUGGAGAUGGAUGACCUUCAGAAGAGGAUGAUGGAGCUGUGUGACCUUAACACAGAGCUACAGGUGCAGAUCCACUCCUACGAUGGCGUUGUGAAUGAGAAGGAUUCUCUUCUACUUGAGCGGAGUAGUCAAAUAAAGGAGCUGAGGGCUGCAUUGGAGGAGUACUCUUCUGUUACAGAGCUUCUGCGAGCCGACAAGAGCAAGCUGGCGAGUCACAUGCACCUGAUGCAGCCUGACAUGUCGUCUCCGGUGGGGCUGUCCCUCUCAGUGGCCUACAGGUUGAACCAGAUGGCCUCAGGCUCUCUCCAGACAGAACUGGCCCUGGCCCAGAAUCCUCUUGAGGGGGCAGAGCGUCUGUCAUCCAACCCGAGUUUCGUGUCUCCAAUGGACGAGACCCUGGACAAGGAAGUGCUGCUUCUCUUCCAGGGCCCCUCCCCUGAGCACAUGUCACAGGAGUUCAAGAACACCAUCACCAAACUGAAAACAGAAUUUGAUGAGGAGGGUGUCUCAGUCCUGGUGACACUCAGGGCUCUCCUGGACCAGCAUGGGGGGACAGAGGCCGUCUGUGACCCGCGCCUACAGACGGUGCAGUGUGAGCUGGAUGCGAGGAGGACACAGUGGGCCCUGAGCCUGGAGCAACUGGACCAGUACACCGACUCCCUGGAGAAGGAGCUGAUCAAGAUGGCCAGCAACAUGAGGCGCUCACGCACAGAGAUCCUGCACCUUUCUGUCCGUGUCCAGGAGCAGGAGAACCAGAAGCAGCAGCUGAAGGAGGAGCUGGAGCAGCUGAAGACCCCUCAGGACAGCCGGGAGGCCAGCUGCCAGACGCCCAUCGACGGAGAAGAGCCGGGGGAGGAUCUGGACUGGGACGAGGAGUUUGCCCUCCAGGACUUCCUGAGGGCCGAGGUGGACGAGCGUUACCGGGACUACCGGCCCGAGGGCCCCGGGGGGACGAGGCCACCAGGGGACCAGCUGGCGGACCAGCCAGGGGAGGAGGGGGAGGAGCGCUGGACGGUGGUAGGAGGAGAGGGGUCAGAGGUCCAGGAGGAGCCCAGGGGGCUCUCUCCCCCACCAAGAAGCACAGAGGGAGAGGAGGCUGCAUUCUUUUCCUCCAUCCAUCACUCUCUCCGUCGGUCUACCCUAAACCCCUCUCCCCCUUUCUCCAUCUUCCUCACCCCUGCUUAUCUUUCUCUCCCCCUUCAUCCCUCCCUCUCUCUUUCUCUCUCAGAAACGACAGCAUUACCGGAGCCUGAUCUGAAGAACGACAGUGAAUCUCUACAGGAGGCCAAACUCCCAGAGUGCACUGGGCUCUCGGACGCCCACCCGCAGGCUGUCGGCAGUGAUGCUCUCCAUCCACCCUCCCACACAGGCGCCGGUGUGUCAUCACAUCAGACCCUGAUGGCUCCUCCCCUCCACUCUGCAGAUGCAGUGACCUUUGACUCUGCCACGCCCCCUCCCGAGGCCCCAGCCCAGGAUCCGAGCUCUUCGUCACCGGACCAAGACCGAACGCUCACCCCCGGACCCAGCCCCCCUGGCCCUGUGGAGAUGGUAUCUCCGAGCUGCACCUCACCUGUGCUGGAUGAAACCAUGUAUCUAACUGGGAGUUGCCCCGGUGUCAGCUCCCAGCCUCCAGGCGCCAGCGAGGACGGAAGAGGAGAAGGAGGAGGGGAGGACACGACGGCAGGCAGCAUGAGCAACAUCAAGAGGUUGAGCCAGGACCAGCUGCCAGAGAGAGUUGUUGCGGAGGACAGCACUAGCCUGCUCCCUGUACUAGAAGAGGAGGAGGAAGGUGUGCAUGAGUCCGUUCAGGUGCCAGCUGUGAAUGUAGACAUGGCAGGGACAGACAGGCUGACAAGAGAAGGAACUGCCUCGCUCUCUGCCCCUCAGGCUGUCGUUGGACAGACCAUCUCAGACACCAACCAAUCUGAGGGCAGAGCUGAAGGCAUAGCCUCUGACCCCAGCCAAUCGGAGGACUCUUUUGCUCUGCAGGAACCCCAGGGAGCCAAAAAGUUAAAAAAGGAACUGGAGCUGUCCCCCAGCAUGGAGCUGAUCGAGGAACACAAGGCUCCCGAGGACCUGAGCGAAGCCAGCGGCGCCACGGAGAAGGACGUCGAGACCUCUGUGAUUUCUGAGGACAACAGUGAGUCCAUGAGAGACGAGAGGAACAGUCUGUCUCAAAAUGAGAAGGAGAUUGAGACGGAGUUCCAGCGCUUGUCUCUGGGCUUCAAGUGUGACGUGUUCACCCUGGAGAAGAGGCUUCGACUGGAGGAGCGAUCACGUGACCUGGCCGAGGACAACGUCCGCAGGGAGGUGUCCAGCUGCCAGGGCCUGUUACAGGCCCUCAUCCCUCUCUGUGAGGAUGACAACCAGUCUAUGGAGAUCAUCCAGAGGCUGCAGAAGAACCUGGACAUCCUCAUCCAGUCCAUGACCAGGGUGUCCAGUCGCUCGGAGAUGCUCGGAGCCAUACACCAGGAGAGUCGUAUAGGGAAGGCGGUGGAGGUGAUGAUCCAGCACGUGGACAACCUGAGGAGGAUGUACACUAAAGAACACACUGAGCUGCUGGAGCUCCGAGAGACCAUGAUGCAGAACGAGAGGUCGUUUGGAUCCCACUCCGACAGAGAUGACUUCCGAGGCAAGAAGCAGACAGGAUCCCAGUUCUACAAGUCCUCGUCUCGAAGAGUUAGCAUAGCUGCUAUCCCCCGCUCCAGUGGUGGACACUAUGACAUGCCCAAAGCACUAGACAUCUCAGAGACGGAUGCCGAGAGAUUAACCAGGAGAUCCCCCUGGAAUGUGACAGGAAAGGGUGCUGCACGGCCCCCUCUAAAGCGUUUUGUCAGCUCAGGGGCCUGGGUCGAGGUUGAUGAGCCCACGCUCAUGAUGAAGGGGUCGCCCUUUGACACGGACCCUCUCUCCGAGGAGGAGCACAGAGGGAGCUCUGAGAGGAAGUCCAGUCUCACUGAACUGGGCAACAAACUCACCUCCUUGAUAAUGCCCAAGUUCAAGACCCCCAGUCCAGCCUCCACCCCUAACAUGACUGAGCAGGCAGCGUCCUCCACCUUCCUGGGCCCCACCUCCAGGCCAGCGGUGGCCAGGACCAGCCGGGGCAUGUGGCUGUGGCUGGCUCUGGUGGUGGUCCUGGCUGCCCUGCUGGCCCUGCUGGCCAGCCUGGUGAUGCAGCCGGCCGUGGACGCAGCUCCCGUGGGGACAGGGGACUCCUGGAUGACCAUCCAGCAGCUCCUGUGGCCCUACACUGGGCUCAGGCACAACGGACAGCCCCCGGUGUAGUCCCGGGGGCCCGGAGGUCCCGCCUGCCGUCACUCUGGGAGCCGACAGAACGACGGAGGGACUAGCUGACCUCGGGGGAUGGGUCGACCCUAAGAAGGCCUCGUGAUCACGUUUGUUAGACUAGUCAGUGUGUGAAGACCAAGCCAACCACUUAGUGUGUUUACCGGGCCAUCGCGCUUCUGACCACGGCCCAUGUUCUUAUUGGUGCUUCAGGGGACACUAUGGAACACAAUUAAACACAGAUGGGGAUGCCCAUUGGCCGAUUUGCAUGUGUCACGUCGAGGGCUUCAGCAUUGAACUAACCAAUCAAGUUAAGGACCCUCAGCACAUGCUUUUCACUCUGGAGGACCAGCCUGGAAGACAGGAUUCUACGAUUUUAGCUUUUUAAACACAUUUCAGCUUUACUGAGACUUAAUAGGGCACUUGGGGUUGCAAGAAUGGGCAGCCCAUCAGAAAGGUUUUAAAUAAAUACAUUCAGUUGUAACAAUCACUUUUUUUAUGACUUUAAUAAACUGGCUUGGUAAUCAAACUGCAAUUUUAAAGGUUAUUGGAAGGUCAUAAACGUUAAUUUAUCAUUUUAGUGUUUAACUGCAUUAGAUUCUGUGAUAAAAUGUGAAUACCUAAAAAUUAUUUUUGUUAUAAUCAAAUUUGUUUCAUUCUCACCAUUUUUAUUUGACUUGCUAUGUUGUGUUCAUCACUUAUAAUAUUCAUACACUUUUGUAUGUUCCAAAGAGGGUGACUGAAACUUUGCACAAAUAAAGUAACUGAUUCCAUGAAA